AAAAAGAUGGAAACUGGAGUAGCUAACCUUCCUUCUGCACUGCCAGUGGGGGACAUAGAGAAUGCUUUAUACAAAACUCCUACUUUUGAAGCCAUUGGAGAUUCUAGUCAGGUGACUAUCUCUGAUGCUAGCCCUAGCUUCUUCAACCUUCAGGUCAAACCUGAAAACAAAGUUUUUGAAGUCUCCAAGAGCCCAUUUCUAAUGAAAGAGGAGCACAAAGGAAACUUACGCUUUUCAAAUAGCCAUCUGAACAGGAUAAGGAAGGUUAACUUGACUGAGCCAAAGAAGACUGGGCUUGGUUCAGCUUUUAAUAAAUCAAAUGACUUUCAAUACAUUUAUUCUCGGUAUAUUAAAUACAAGAGUAUGAUGGAAAGACUUAAAAAGAGAAUUAUGGAUGAGCUUAGCAAGAACACUCAAUUUAAUCAGGCAACUCAAGAAGCUGUCAUAAAAAAAUCGUGAUUUGAACAGUUUGAGGAAAAGCUUAGCCUUGUCACAGAUAAGUUGCAAUACUAUACAUACAAACUUAAGAAAGCUGGGGUCGAAGUUAAUGACAAAGAAAUUGAGGAUAUGAAACGAAUUUCCCCAGAUGUCUCUAAAGAGGAAUUGAAUCCAAAACAGAUUAAGAGGACUCAUAGGAUUACUUCUCUAAGACAAUCUCUUGAUAUUUCAACUCCAAAAGUGAGAAAAGGACGGGGUAAAAAUCAGCAAAAGUUUAGAAGUCUUUCCAUAAUACCUCAUCUGAAGGGUAAAUAAAAGAAUGGUGAGAGACUUCAGAAUCAAGCAAACUUCUAUUGACUACACUAAUAGAGGUCCUGCCAGGCUACGUAAGAGUAUUAUUUUGAACAACAAGCAGAGAAUUCCAAGAACGAUUAUUACAAUUAACUCGGUGACUCCAAGAUUAACGGACAAGGCUAGGUUAUCAAAGUCAAAAAGGAGGUACAAGAAGCGGCCAGUUCCUAGAUCUCAUCACAGUCGUACAGGAAGUAGAGCAAGAAGCAGAAAAGAUAAUUAUGAAGGAAGACUUCCCACUCGCUAUACUGCUACUAGGAGCUCAUCCAGAACGGUUGGAGGGAUUAUUAGAGAAAGCCCUGAAGAAGAGGAAAAUGGAGCAGAACACCCUUACUGCAAUGAUUUUGCAUGGUAAGAUAAACCUUUGGUGAAUGAAAAUUGUAUGAGCUUUCAAUAUUA